CUAAUGGAAGCCAAUAAUUUUCAGGAAUCCACAAAUGAAUCCCUGGAAGAGGUCUGAAAAACGGAAAGAGAUCUCUCCGAAGGGGAGCAUGGAAUUAAUCACCAACUGAUAGAUAUAAUAUGAGAAAAAUACUCUUUUAGACUUUCGAUGUGCAGUGAUGAAGCAGAAAAGGUAAUAAACCUUACGGAAGAGACUUGGAGUACCAUCAAUACUUUGAAGAGCUGUGCUAACCUCAAGAUACGUUUACCAGAUUGAAAAGGAAUAUAUGUUAAAUGCUUGCCUAUUAAGUAUUGGAGAGAAAGUUCUAGAUCAAGUUCGGCAUUAACUAACUAUAAAAGCAUUCUUCCAAAUUUUUUAAGAUCUUGAUUCCCAAAGAAAGUAGAGGGAUGAAAUUUUUCAAUUCCAAGUCGGUUUACCAAUCUGAAAAAAUUGUUAAAUAUGAAGGUUCUUAUGGAGAAUUUCAGCUCAGUAACUAGCCAUCUUUCUUUCUCAAGAAUAGUUGUUGGAAAAGAUCAUUUACAAAAGAUCAUGUAUGGAUCAAGACAUGCUUGGAUGCUGGAAUUGAUUGAUUGCAUAUUUUUAAAACAGAAAUUCAGUAACUCUUUUCAGAACUAUCAAGGAGAUUCAAAAUUUCAGAUGAUGGUGUUUUUGAUCCAAGAAUGAAAGUAUUUUGGCCCUGAACGGAAUGGACUAUACCACAUGUUUGAAAGCAUUGCUACAGCAGUCAUAAAAUCUCCGUUCAAAAAGAAGAUGAUGAGGAUGUUAUUUUCUUCAAAAAUAAAAAUAAGAAAUCUCUCUAAACUAUGUGAGAGUAUCGAAUCUGAAUUCCCUUUUGCAAGAUCUAAGGCAACUUUAAAGUCAAUUGAGAUCAAGUUUUAUUAAGAAAAUGAAUUACAUAUCUUGUUCAAUCUUAUUCUUAUCUGUUGACUUGUUAAAUUCAGUAAUGAAUGGGAUAAAGGCUCAAAGCAGAAUGUGCUGUUUUAUCCGAUUUCUGAAUAAAAAAAAACUAAAAUCUUUAUUGAAGGAAUCAAAUAAACCUUGUUUUUUUAGAGUAUAAAUAGAGUUACUCAAAUUAAAUAAAUUGGAAAUAAUUAUAAUGUGGAAUAAGUAUGAAGAUCUUUGCCAAUCAAGGUUAUGUCAAUAAGAUCAAUUUAAAUCAUAUUUAAAGUACAAAUCUGAUGCAUUGAAUAUCUUUUGAAAGCAGUGCGUUAAAAAUAUAAUUUCGAAUCCAAAAAAUAUUCCUCAAUGAAAUCUAUCUAAAAUUAGAUAGAAAUCGAAGUACCGGAAUAAGAUUUUUCUUAAAAAAUUUAUUGUCUUACUUUGGAUUCAAACUAGUCCAAAUAAAAUUUAUGAAGUGAUGAUAUGUUGAUCCAAAAAUUUACAAGGCAAAGUCUUUGCUUUCAGAUUUUAAGACAAGAGUAUGGGAUUCUACUAGACUGGAGUGUGAAAUGGUUACAAUUCAAAAUUUAUAAGGGAAAGAAGAAUGACCAUCUUAUUAUAUAAUUAUUUUUAU